GUUGUUGCAGGAAGGCGCUGACGUGAACGCGAGGCACAAGCUGGGCUGGACUGCUCUCAUGGUGGCCGCUAUCAGCAGGAACUCCAGUGUGGUGAAGAUCCUGCUUGCAGCGAACGCAGAUCCAAACCUCGGGGAUGAUUUCAGCAGUGUGUAUGAGACUGCCAAGGAAAAAGGUCUCCAUUCUUUGGAAGUCCUUGUAACCCGGGAGGAUGACUUCAACAACCGCCUGAACGUGCGAGCUAAUUUCAAGGGCUGCACAGCUCUACACUAUGCUGUACUGGCUGAUGACUACCUGACCGUCAAGCUGCUGCUGGAUGGAGGUGCCAACCCCCUGCAGAAGAACGAAAUGGGACACACGCCCCUGGACUACGCCCGUGAUGGCGAGGUCAUGAGCCUUUUGAAAGCGUCUGAGACAAAGGUGAGCAGCGCAGGACCCUUAGUGCACCUGUGCCUCCGUGCUUUUUCAAAAAGAGAUCAGUAUAAAUUAAUGACAUG